GCUGCUAGUUAGCAAGCAAGCAGCAGCACCAAUGCUCUUCAGUCAUUUUUAGGCAGUCACCAGGAACGGUUGGUUGUUGGAAUUGUGUUUUUUCUGCGCUGUGAAAUUUAAACCCACAGUUUGUAUAACAACUUGAGGCCGUAAACAACAUCGCUAAAACUAUAAAAACUAAAAAAAACACUUAAAAAUUAACUAAAACGAAAGUAAAAGGAACCUCUUCAGCGUCCGUUUUUUUUAAUAAAUAUUUCUUUCAAAAUUACGCUCAAAUAAAGAAUAAAUGGCCACAACAAAUCAAAAUCAUCGAAAACCGACCAAUGAUGAAGCGGCUGCUUCUGAAUCUUUGGUUAACAAAGUUAUAAAUGAAUCAGAUGAAGUCGAAGAGGUCGAUAAAUCAACAGCUGCCGUUGUCAUACCACCCGACAGUGGUUGGGCUUGGGUGGUUAUGGUAGCUUCCUUCCUUUGCUGUACAGUCAUUGAUGGUAUUGUCUUCUGUUCCGGUCUCAUUCAGUCUAGCCUUAUCGAAGAGUUUCAAGUGUCCAAAGGUUAUGUGGCGUUUGUAUCUUCAUUGCUCAGUGGUUGCUACUUAAUGGCUGGUCCAUUUGUAAGUGCUUUGGCCAAUCGUUUUGGUUUCCGGCCAGUAACUAUUGCUGGUGCUCUUUUUGCAGCUGUCUGCUUUAUUGUUUCCAGUUAUGCCACCAGCGUGGAAAUGCUCUUCAUAACCUACGGUAUUUUGGGCGGCAUUGGCUUUUGUAUGGUUUAUAUUCCCGCAGUGGUCAUUAUUGGUUUCUAUUUUGAAAAAUGGAGAGCUUUAGCCACCGGUUUGGCUAUGUGCGGUUCAGGUGUGGGUACUUUCGUAUUCGCUCCCUUGACCAACUACAUGUUGAGCCAAUUUAGCUGGCGCCAAACUAUGAUGUAUCAAGGUUUCAUUAUUAUUGCUUGUGCCGUCUUUGGCUUGGCUUUCAGACCCAUCCAACCUCUUACUUUGGCCGUAGUCGAAGAGGAAGAUGAAAAGAGAAAAUUAAAUGGUCAUGGCAAUGCUGUUGCUCCUAAACCACAAUUUGCCACCACUGCCUUUAGCAAGCCUUUACCUGAGGGACGUUUUGCCUAUUCUAUGCCCAACUCUGCCCAUAACACUUAUGUGGGUGCUUCACCUAAACAUCACUAUCCAACAGCUGCUGAGGUCUUUAAAGGUGUCAAUAUGGAACGCCGACUAUCGGGCCAAAGCAAGGGUACUGAAUUAAAGAACUUACGUAAAUCUCAACCAACCACACCCAAUGGUGAUACUCAACAAAUGACCUUCAAUCUCAACAAGGAACUGACCACAGUCGGUGAAAAUGAAGAAGAAACCGAAAAUGAAAACUUGUUGGAAACUGAGGCCAAGCCCACCAUUGUACAAGGCCGUCGUCACACUGUUUCCGGCAGACGUCCACCAAAUAUUGGCAGUCGCAGCAAUGUUGGCUCUCAAGAUGCCGUCAAUACCAGCGUCACCAGACCUAUGUAUCGUGAUGAUAUUUUCUUUACCGGUUCCCUUACACGCAUACCCCAAUACCAAUCCCAAUCCUCAUUGGCCUAUCACAUGUCCGUCACUCGCCUACCCACCAAAACCGAAGAAUUGGAAGCUCGUUCUAAGGGCUGUCACUUGUGUCCCGAAGCUGUACGCCGUACUUUAUCCACUAUGUUGGAUGUAACUCUCUUGAAAUCACCCUCCUUCAUGUUAUUGGCUUUCUCCGGUUUCUUGACAAUGAUGGGUUUCUUUGUACCCUUCACAUUCUUGGUGCCUAGAGCUGAAUUGGCUGGCAUGGAUACCAGUUCGGCUUUGGGUGUUGUGUCCGGUAUUGGUUUGAUCAAUACUAUUGCUAGGAUAUUGUGUGGUUUCGUCUCAUCCUUCCCCAGUGUUAAGCCUUUGUGGCUAAAUAAUAUUGCCAUUACCGCUGGUGGUGUUGCCACAAUUUUCAGUGGUGUCGUCAUUACCAGUGCCAGUCAGUGGACUUUUGCUGUUUUGUUCGGUUUGUGUAUUGCCUGCUUCUCGGCUUUGAGAUCCCUCAUCGCCGUCGAAAUGAUUGGUUUGGAGAAAUUAACAAAUGCUUAUGGUUUCCUGAUGUUGUUCCAGGGUGUAGCUGCUACCGUUGGCAGUCCUAUUGCCGGUGUUUUGUUUGAUAUGACUGGCAGCUAUGAUAUUUCCUUCUAUUUUGCUGGUGGCCUUAUCUUGGUUUCAGCCUUCUUGUGUUAUCCUCUAACCUGGGUGUCCAACUGGGAGAAGAAGAAAAAUGAAGAAAAGGCAGCACAAUCAUUACCUCAUGCCUAAAUAUACAAUAAAUAACAUAAUAACUGAAUUCCUAGACUUAAAACAUAAUAAUAAAACAAACUGAAACAUAACAUAAAGAAAAACAAAACAAAUUAAAGAAAAACAAA